CGGCUCAAUGCAGAAUGCUGGGCGUUGAUCUGAAACACCGGUUAAUGGGAUUGAGCAUAAGUAAUGCUUUAACCAUAGUAGUUUCUUGUUUGCUUAGAAAGCCACGAAAACCCAAGAGGAAAUGUAGGAGAAAAGUGGGAGGACAGUGACAAGAAACCUCAUGACCUCAUCCUUUCCAGCUCGUGGGGAUUGGCUGGUGGUUGUCUGGAAGAGAGUUUAAAUUCCAGAGCUCUGCAGAUGGCAGGCAGCAGAAGAGGAGGGCAGAGGAAGGAAGACUCAGCAUCUUCUCAGCAAGUGAUCUGGGGCACUGCCUUGAGUUCCACCGUACAAGUGAGCAGACCUCUGCCUGAGACUUCAGAUCCAGACCCAACAGAAGGGACUCCAUCACCAUGAAGAUUGCUGUGCUGUUCUUGUGUCUCUUCACCAUUGCCUUUGCCGUGCCAGUUGGCAAAUCAAAACACCAUGAUGAUUCAAGGAGCGCAGAAGGAAAGCAUGAUUCCAGGGGUCACCACCACCACGAUCACAGGCACAAGGACCACCACUCACACAGCCAGGAACAGAGUCACGAGCACGUGAACAGUCACGAGUCCCAAGAGCAUGACGUGGCCUCUCAGCCGAACUCCUUGUCUUCAGAAGAAAGUGACGAGAUCACUGAGCAACAAACCCUUCUGGGAACUUCCAGCAAAAGCAAGGAAGAUGAUGAUGAUCACAGCCAUGUAGAUGACCAUGAUGAUGCUGACGACGACGACGAUACUCAUUCCCAUGAAUCGGACGAGUCGGAUGAAAACGUCGUCACUGAUUACCCCACAGAUGCUCCUUUCUCCCUGCCUGUCACUCCUGAGCUCUUCACAGGCAGAGGAGAUAGCGCACCUUACGGACUGAAGGUCAAAGCAGAACUGGUGUCUUUGGAGAAGGCACACAAGAAAUCCGGAAAGUUUGAUUCCCACGACACAACGGAUGAAGUUGACAGCACGCCAGACGUGGACAGCCGUGAAUCUGCUUCCUCCAAGGCCCACUCUUUCGAAAGUCAAGAUGUGAGUGCAGAGGAUGGUGACAAGAGCAACCUGAGAGACAGCAAUGAGGUCCACAGCGCGUCCCAGGACAAGAGCCAGGAGAACGACAGCCGACAAAAGCCUGAGAGUGCUGAAGACGACCAUGACAGUGACGACCAUGACAACAGCAAGGCCACCAUUUCACUGGAGAGCCAGGAAAGCAGUGAGCAGCAGAAAGCCCACAGUGAGGAACUCCAAAAAGUAGAUCAUGACCAUGACGUCAGCAACCAAAGUUUUGACAGCACAGAGGAUCACCACAGUGUUGAGAACAAUGAGAUCAUCCUCUAAAUGAUAAAAACAUGGCCGGGUCCAAAGAAACCCCUACGAGCACUUCCUUGGAUCUGCACAUGAAUGGGUGCAGCUAGGAUUGGAGCCCAAAUCCACUGGGGCGGGUUUUCGUUUCUAUUUUCUGUUUUGCUGAAUUAGAGAAGGGCAAUGCAAUUUGUACUUGAAUGUUUGCUCCCUAUUAUAUGCACACCCCUAAGUCUGAUUUCAAACUGUAGCAAUUGCAGGCAGCAGGGUCACUAACCAGGCAGACGUGAUGCUAGAUCCUGUGUUGUUUACUUGGAAGUAAGUCCCAGUGAGUUCAGUGGGGCUGUCUGUCUCCUGAGUCAGUAUGUUUUGGAUUUCAGCUUUAUGUACAGUACUAACCAUCCUGUCUGUUAGAGCAGAGAUUCCCAACCUUGGGUAUCCAGAUAUUGUUGGACUACAACUCCCAUCAUCUCCAGCUUGUGGUGGGGGGUGAUGGGAGUUGAAGUCCAAGAACAUCUAGGGACCCAAAGUUGGAAAUACCUGCUUAGGGAACCCUACUUGCUGCAUAUUUUCCUGAUCUGUCUCAUGGCGGUUUGUUAUGAAGAAAAUAGAGAGAGAUGCUAGAAAAAAAAAUCUGAUUUACAUUCAGAGUGAAUGUUACAUCUUCCGAUACUGUACUUCGAAAAGGUUUAAUGUUGCAAUGUAUAUUUUGUUGAUAAUUGUGAGUUAAAUAAAAAGAUGAAACUGUA